CACCCAUUUCUCCUCUCCUCUCACCUGCACUUCGUCCACAUUCCCCAUAUCCUUUACCCCUUCUUGUCUCACUACUCAGCUCAUACUCGAUGCGCCGUACCGCUCGUCGUUUGCUCUAUCGGGCUAUCAUGCCCGGUAGCUGGGAAGGCCAAUAUAUUAGACUUCAAGUCAUUAGCGGACAAAAUAUUAAUGUCCCUUCCUCGCGCAUACCCGCAGGCACUUAUGUAUCCAUCAAAAUCGACGAGACGAGACGCUGGAACUCAGCUGUCCGAGUCCUAUCGUCUGACAUUUCUGUAGCAUGGGGCGAUACCGUGACCUUAUUACCAGAUAUGUCACCUAGUUUAACGCUGGAGAUCCGGGCGUCCUUUGAGCUUAGUCGAAUGCUAGGACAUGGAGAACUCAUUGGACAACUUAAAACAUCGUGGAAUGACCUCCGCGAUCAUGGUGACGAGCCUUUCGAUCUGUCCUUUCCACCUAUUCGAGGUGUCUGUCCUUCUCUCACGUUGAAGGCCGCUUCUGUGCAUGCUUGCAGCAACGACGACGGUGAUCUGUUUGAUUGUACCAUAGACUGCGAGGCUGCCCGAGACACAGAUGCAGGCCACGCAAGAGUUGCCGAAUACACAACAAGCAAGAUGGUCUCUCACCUGAAUGAUGCUGUGGAGCGAUUUCAAUUGGUUCUGGACCGGUGUCCGAUCGGCCAUCCCGACCAUGCAACAGCUCUCACCAACCUCGCGUUUGCCCAACUUGCGGGUUAUGUUCUGAAGGAUUUUCAAGACAUUGAAUCUACCACCUCUCUAUUCCACGAUGCCCAUGCAUUGCGUCCGCAGGACCACCCCGAUCGUCCCUUGACUCUCUUUUAUCUCACCCAAGCGCUGAGAUGGCGCCACAACAAUCAACAUACUACCCCAGCUGAUAUCUGGAAAUCCGUCCAGCUCUGCCAUCAACUACUGCCUCUUUGUCCAGAGGGCACCUAUCUUCACAGCAUCGCGGUAGGGAACAGUGGCGUCGAUUAUGUGAUCUUCAGAUGCAACAACCUUCCAAUAGAUGCAUCCGAUGAAGGUACCCAACUCCGACGAAUCGUGGUCGAGCUCUGUCCUCUGGGUCACCAAUACCGUCUUAGCGCCCUCAAUAAGCUUUCAUUAAAUCUCAGAGCUCGUUUUGCACAAUAUGGGAGCAUUGAUGAUUUAGACGAGAGCAUUCAAUGUUGCCGUGAAAUUGUUUCACUGGCCCCCAAAGGAUGUCAUGGUCAUGAUGCCUACUUGAAUAACUUGGCCAUUUUGAUCGCAAAACGCUUCGAUCACCAAGCAAAAUCUCAUGACCUCGACGAGGCCAUCUCUUUGUACGAAGAAGCACUGCGCUUGUGUCCUGUUGGACACUGUGCAUAUCGUUUUGCACGAUUCGACAACCUAGGGCGCGCCCUUUGCACCCGUUUCGGAAAAUGUGGUGACACUGAUGACAUCAACAGAGCUAUCAGCCUCCAUCGCGAGGCACUGACAUUGUGCCCACCUGGACAUCCAGGUCGUGACACCCCGCUCAACAACCUUGCCAUCGCGCUCACAACCAGACAUGGGAAAUUGCAUAUCAGCAACUCAGAGGAUCUUAACGAGGCCAUCGAUUCUUACCGCGAAUCGCUUCGGUUAAAGAAGCAUGAUCAUCCAGAGCGCCAUGUCACUCUUAACAAUUUGAGCUCGGCACUCCGCUCUCGUUUCACGAAAACUCUGGAGAAUGAAGAUAUUGAGGAGGCCAUUAAUCUCUGCCAGCAAUCGUUGGCGACUUUACCUCCACUGCACCCGGACAGAUUUUUCAGCUAUGGAUGGCUGCAUGAGGCCUAUUUGUUUCGUUACCGGACUCUACACAACCCCGCUGAUUUGUCACUCGCGAUCGAGAACAUGAAACUGGCAUCGAGGCAUCCCACUCAAAGCUUGCGACAACGCAUCAUGCUGUCAUCUAAUUGGACUGUCGCAGCGGAGCAGCAUGGUCACGGAUCUGCGCUGGAGGCCUACACGGCAUUUUUCGAGCUUCAUGACGCUUAUUUAGCGACACGGUCAUCCAUCAUUUCGCGGCGUGAAGCUGCUGCUGCCUUCCAAUAUGCUACAACACUCCCUGCAAAUGCAGCAUCAUGUGCCAUACGCCAUCAUGACCUGCAAAAGGCCGUCGAACUUGUGGAGCAGGGCCGUGGCCAGCAAUGGUCGCUGGCUUCCCGACUCAGGACUCCGCUUGAAGACCUCGAAUCAACAAACCCGCAACUAGCUCGCAACUUCUCGGAGCUGAGCGAGCUGAUUUCCAACGCCGCUGAGGAUUCUGCAGCUAUCACGGAUAGAGCUGCUGCUGAUCAGGCAGCAGUAGAGUACAGGAGACUUACGACGCGAUGGGAAGCUACAGCAGGUGAAAUCCGAAAUCUCCAAGGUUUCUCGCGAUUCCUGCUCCCUCCAUCGUAUGAAGAAUUGCAAGUGGCAGCGCGCCAUGGCCCAGUCAUUAUCCUUAAUGCCAGCAAAUACUCAUGUGACGCCCUCAUUGUCCCGACGUCAGGACAGCCCUACCAUGUUCCCUUUCCGUCUGUCACUCUCACAGAUCUAGAGAUGCUCAAGAAGGACUUCGCCAGGGAGAUACGGCACGCUGGUCUGAUGGGCCCAACGGAGCCGAGGAAGGAUUUGCGAGUAAUCUUGAGGAAAAUUUGGGACGUGAUCAUGCUACCCAUCGUUGAUGUCCUCCAGCAUGACCUCAAAUUGCGGCGCCGGUCUCGAAUCUGGCUAUGUCCCACAGCAGCCUUCACAUCCAUUCCUCUCCAUGCAGCUCACCCCUUUCGGACCAAGGCAGAUCGCUUCUGGGCAAGAAUCAUCCCUAGAGGAUCUUUACAUCUGCUCUUACACGCCAACGCUGUCGGCUUUGAUCCGGUCUCGACAGAUGAUGAAGAACCAUGCGCCUCCAGUCCUUCGCGGCAAUUGGGCAAAGUCAGCCAGGUGCUGGGCAAGGCACGGUGCUCGCCGAUGUUGACAACGAGCUUGAGCUCAUCCAUAAACUUGUUCCCCCCGACAUCAAGUUCACCAAUAUAUCUGGCGACGAGGCUACACAGGCAGGUGCACUUGAUGCUUUGCGAUGCAACACCUUGGGUGCACCUCGCUUGUCAUGGCAAGCAGGACCACGAGCAGCCAUAUCACUCACGUUUCGCCAUGAGAGAUAAACCUCUGAAGCUGCUUGACAUCAUGGAGAACAAUGCUCCGCAAGCCGAAUUCGCAUUUUUAUCAGCGUGUCAUACUGCCGUCGGCGAUGAGGAGACACCUGACGAAGUCAUCCAUCUCGCUGCUGGUCUACAAUUUUCGGGGUUUAAGAGUGUCAUUGGAACUCUUUGGGCGGUCGAUGACGCUGUCGCAAAACACGUCGUUGAGGCUUUCUAUCACAAAAUGUUCGAAAAUUUGGAGGACGGUGACAUGGACUGUACGAAGGCGGCCUUGGCACUUAACCAUGCUACGCGCACCGUGCCAAAGAAGGAAGUGCCGCUUGAGCAGAGAAUGGUAUUCAUUCAUAUUGGUGUGUAGCUCCAUAUAUAUUGCUUUCAUCGAGUACAGAUUCAUAAGUUCGAGUCGUUGAUCCUUUGUUCUCUUUAGAGUCAUCCAUGUUGAACUUAUAGUUGUUUGUAGAAAAUUUCCUGAUACAUUCUCUUGCCCUCUACGUAGUGAUCUCCUUUCGCAUUCUCGUCGGUGCUGUUGUCUGCUGUAGAGUCUGUAGCAAAAUCACGAGGAUUCAGGUGAACACUUCGUCUCGAGGGUCAUGGUUGCCCAGACUCCAGAG